CUCUGUGGGUCUCUCUCUCUCUCUCUAAGCUAAUGCUUACACUCGCUCGGCUUCUCUUUCAUUUACCCCUUUCUUUCUCUCUCUUCUCUCUCUCAAUUUUGGGGUUUUUCGAAGCUGAACCCAAUCUUCUCCGUCUCUCUCUCUAGGUUCGAUUGCACGCUACCAUGGUGAAUCCAUUGAGAUGUCACUCCAGUCAAUCGAACACCACCACCGCCAAUUCGUCACACUCGCAAAUCUGAGUCUCGAUCGUAUCUUCAACAACGGUGCUUCUCAAAACCCAUCUUGCUCGAGGUCUCUAUCUCUGUAUUGAUUAGGGCUUUUUCUGAAGUUGACCGAAAGAGAUUAGGGUUUUGAUUGGAUUGAGCAAAAAAAUUAGGGUUUUCAUUUGGGGUUUUGUUGAAUUUUCAAUGGAGGACGAGAUACCGAAUACAAUGAAUCUGGACUUGAAUUUGGGUCCUUCUCCAUCUCCUGAUGAUGAACCGGGAUCGGGAUCAUUGUCCAGUGGGACUAUGAACUUGGAGGAAUGGAUAGAUGGGCGUGUUAAUCGACUCAGAGAAACUUUGAGAUUGAGAAAUAGGCAGAGGUGGCGAUCAGUGCGGCGACAGGGUCCGAUUCCCCCUGAAACUAGAAACAUUGCCAUGGAAUUGAUGGCCAAUUCAGGUAAUGCUGCUGUUGGUAGCUUGCAAACUGGGGAAGGUAGUGUUUCCCCCGAGGAAAGAAAUGCUGAAUUAAUAAAAACAUGUGAGAAUAAUGCGACCGAUGUUGAGAAUGAAUCAUUAGGGAAAAAGGAGAAUGAGGAAAAGGGUAAUGGUGAGGAUGGAAGCUUUUUCGAUUGUAACAUUUGCUUGGACUUGGCAAGAGAUCCUGUUGUGACUUGUUGUGGUCACUUGUUUUGUUGGCCAUGCCUUUAUCAAUGGAUACAUGUUCACUCAGAUGCCAGAGAGUGUCCAGUGUGUAAGGGAGAGGUGACAACUAAGACUGUGACCCCAAUUUAUGGUCGUGGAAGCAAUAACCGUGAGCUAGAAGAGGAUCCAAGUCUUAAGAUUCCCCUUCGGCCCCAAGGAAGGAGGAUUGAGAGCUGGAGGCAAACUAUUCAGAGGAAUGCAUUUACUAUUCCAAUGGAGGAAAUGAUUCGACGUCUUGGAAGUAGGUUUGAUUUGACCAGGGAUUUGGUCCAAGCCUUGCCACAAAAUUCAGAGAGUGCUCGCAAUUCACCUGAAAGAAACAACUCAUUGCUCAAUCGGAUUCUGACUUCUAGGGGAAUUCGCAGAGAACAGAAUACAGUGGUGCCACCAGAUGAUGUGGUUGAUGUUGACUUAACACAGAGCAGCCCUACUAACUCUGAGGUGGGUGAAAGCCGUUGGCUUUCAUCCCUUUUACUUCGAAGAUCACAUACACAUAGAGCUUCUACAAUAUCAAAUCUUACAUCUGCUUUAAGUUCUGCAGAAAGUUAUUUUCGCUUCCAUAAUGUAGAAAGAAAUCAAGAGCAGCCUCCACCAGUUGAUGAUAGAGAUUCCAUGUCAAGCAUUGCUGCUGCUAUACACUCUGAGAGUCAGACGGUAGAUAAUGCAGUUGAAAUAGAUUCUACAGUGGCCCUUUCUACUUCAUCAUCCAGAAGAAGAAAUGACGCGUCAAGGGUUUCCGAUGUGGACAGUGGAGAUUCGAGAGCACAUAGAAGGAGGAGAUUGAACUGAAAUAAGCUCCUUCCAUUGAAUAAUUGUUCCAGAAUCUCAUGAGGUUUUAAUAUCCUCAUCAGCUUUGUAAGUGCGAAUGCCUUCAUAUAGCUUUUGCGUUUUAGAAGGCAUUUAACUUAUGCAAAAAUCAUUGAUUGCAGUGAGCUGUUUAUAAAAUGAAGUUUUGAUGCUUAGAAUAUGCAGUUGGCAACAUUGUUGCCCUCCUUUAAGUGGUUUUUUUAGUUUUAGUUUGUAUGGCAAAUCAAAUAUGUAGUGAAGCAAGCAGGCCAACCUAAUUUUUGCUUUUGUACAUGAUUCUGGAAACUCUAGCUUUAUUCAUAUGUGAGCUUUCAAUGCCCUAAAUCAUCUAUGGUUAUUUUCAUUUAUUUAUGCAAUUUUUAUGGGUAAAA